CACACACGCACGACGUUUCGUGUCCCGCCUCGGUUAUUGCCAGUGUCUUUCGACCACCUUUUUUUCUGACUUGGAUCCAACUUGAGAGACAGAGCGAGGUCAAAGAGAGAGCGAGAGAGGGGGCGGGGAAAGACAGUUGCGCCCCCGUGCUUAGAUCGACUGUGGCCCGGUUUGUGAGGAUGUAGGUAUGUAUAUAAGUCAGAGCGAGGAGCUUCCAGCUCUGUCAGACUGGUUUUCGGUAUGGGUUCAAUAACUCUGAACAACGCCAGCAGAGCCUGGUGGAAGGAUGCCGUCAUCUACCAAAUCUACCCCGCCAGCUUCAAGGACGGCAACGGAGAUGGCCUCGGUGACGUCCAGGGCAUGAUUGACAAGGUCGAUUACCUCAAGGACCUGGGCACCGACAUCGUCUGGGUCUCACCCAUGUACGCCAGUCCGCAGGUCGAUAUGGGCUACGAUAUUUCCGAUUACCAGGAUGUCCACCGCCCCUACGGCACCGUCCGCGACAUGGAGGUCCUCAUUGAGGAAUGCCACAAGCGCGGCAUGAAGCUCAUCCUCGACCUCGUCGUCAACCACACCUCAGACCAGCACAAGUGGUUUCAAGAGUCGAGAUCCUCAAAAACGAACCCCAAGCGGAACUGGUAUAUCUGGAAGCCACCCCGCUACGCCGAGGACGGCACCCGCCUGCCUCCCACCAACUGGCGAAGCCACUUCAGCGGUAGCACAUGGGAGUGGGACGAGCCCACGGGCGAGUACUACCUCCACCUCUUUGCCAAGGAGCAGCCCGACCUCAACUGGGAGAACGAGGAGACGCGCGAGGCCAUUUACGAGAACGCCAUGCGCUUCUGGCUCGACAAAGGCGUCGACGGCUUCCGCAUCGACACGGUCAACAUGUACAGCAAGGGCGUCGACUUCCGCGACGCCCCCAUCAUGAACAAGAACGCCUACGAGCAGCCCGCCUACAUGAUCUACUGCAACGGCCCGCGGAUACACGAGUUUCUGCGCGAGAUGAACGCAAAAGUCCUCAACCACUACGACACCGUCACCGUUGGCGAGCUCCCCCACACCCCGGACCCGAAACACGUCCUCAAGUUCAUCAGCGCCGCCGACCGCCAGCUCGACAUGGUCUUCCAGUUCGACAUUGUCGACCUCGGCCAGGGCGUUGGCUACAAGUACCAGGCGCAGAAGUGGACCUUGCCCGAGCUCAAGCGCAUCGUGGCGAAGUGGCAGCAAUUCAUCGAGGGCACCGACGGCUGGACGACGGCCUUUUGCGAGAACCACGACCAGGGAAGAUCUGUCUCGCGCUGGGGCAGCGACAAGCCCGAGUGGCGGGAGACGUCGGCCAAGAUGCUGGCGCUCAUGAUGUGCUCGCAGACGGGCACGCUCUUCGUCUACCAGGGCCAGGAGAUCGGCAUGACCAACGUCUCGCGCAGCUGGGGCAUCGAAGACUACAAGGACAUUGAGGCGCUCAACUACUACGACGAUAUCAAGAAGGAAUUUGGCGAGGGCAGCGACAUGCUCAAGUACGUCAUGGACGGCAUCAACCUGCUCGGCCGCGACAACGCGCGCAUCCCGAUGCAGUGGGACGACAAGCCGUACGCCGGCUUCACGGACAACAAGGACGGCGCGUGGAUGCGCGUCCACGACGAGUACCGGUCCAUCAACGUCGCCAAGCAAGAAAAGGAACCGGGCUCGGUGCUGAACUUCUGGCGCGAGAUGCUGAAGUUGCGCAAGGAGGAGGGCGAUCUUCUCACGCACGGCGCGUUUGAGCUGUUUGAUGUUGAGAAUAAGGAGACGUUUGUGUAUAAGAAGUCGCGCGGGGGCCGGAGCGCCGUUGUGGUGCUGAACUUCACGGGCGAGGAGCAGGCGGUCGAGGUACCCAGCGAGGGCGGCAAGAUCCGGGUCGGAAACUACGACGAUGUCAAGGAGAGGGUUGCUUCCGAGGGCGGCAAGACGGUUUUGAGGCCCUGGGAGGGACGUUUGUAUCUGCAAGGUUGAAGUUGUGUAAGCAUGUGGUUCUUUGGAUAUACCUCCUGAGUUAUAGGGUAAAAUGG